CAGUAGCGUUACCAUUGCCAGUAGAAUGUUAUUGCUAAAAGGCAAUAUGGCUGUGCAGUAAUGUCAUGUCGAGGGAAAACAAAAUCGCAUGAUUGUGAAUAAAAAUAGUGUAGUAAACUUGUGACAUUAUGACUCAUACUAUAGAUUAUAAAUAAAUGAAAAAACAUGUAUUGCAAGAAGAUAUCAGAUACGAUUGUAGUUAAUUUACGCGAGUGACGUAAUGUUGAAUAACAUCAUGUAUUUCUUCAGAAAUUUGUUUAGUAAUGCACAAGAUACUUACUCUACUUUGACGAUGCAAAUAGAACACCCGUUAUUUUCCCCACUUCAAUUUCUAAGUUCCACUACCAUAUUACUAUUUUCUCCCACUCUUUCAACGAUCAGAUAUUUUUCAUGGCAACAUUACCAACGCUGACACACAAUUAUAAUCAGAUUUUUUUUUGGCAACUGGCAACUUUAGUUUCGCGUGCUUUUGCAUUAUUCGUAGAAAUUAAAUACUUUUUAUAAAGUUUGAAGAUUUAGUGAAACUUUUAUAAUUUUAUAUUGUUUUAUUUUAUUUAAAAUUCUAAUAUGAAGAAGGAAUCAGGCAUUGAUAAUAAUGGUACAGCUAUUCCUGGUCCCAGUAAAAUUAAUAUAAACUAUGAUAUAAAAAAUACAUUGAGUAUUGAUAACAACAUGAUUUCUCCUUCUCCAAGGAAAAAAUUUAGAAAGAAUACAUUUCGUGAUGCUUGGCUUCAGGACCCUGAUUUUGCAUUGUGGCUACAAAAAUGUGAAGAUCCAUAUAAAGCCAGAUGUACAGUUUGCAAAAAAACUCUCAUAACUGGGAAAAGUACUUUACAAAAACACAAUCGAACACUACUUCAUAAAAGAAAUAUGAAAGGAAAAAAAAAUGAAGAAGAAGGUGUAAUGAAAAAAUCAUCAAUCUUCAUUUCUGAAAGCAUAAAGGAAGCAGAACUGAGAUUUUGUUUAGAUAUUGUAGAGCAUUGUAAAAGCUUCAACUCAUUUGAUCAUAUUGUUCGAAUGAUUCAAACAGCAUUACCUGAUUCUAACAUAAUAAAAAAUGUGUCUUUUAAAAGAACUAAAAUCUCAUCUAUAAUAAAAAAUGUAAUUAAUAAAUCUGUAAUUUUAGAAACUACUAAAAUAUUACAAAAUAAAUUACUUUCAGUUUUAAUAAAUGAAAGCAUAGACAUUUCAGAAACCAAAAAUUUAUGUAUUUUAAGUAGAUACAUACAUGAAGGAAAAAUUCAAACAUAUUUAUUAGAUUUGGUUUAUAUUAAGGAUACUACUUCAGAACAUUUAUAUGAAUGUUUCCUACAAUCAUUAGAAAAACAUAAUCUAUCUUUAAAGAAUAUAGUUAUUGUUCCAAUAGACAAUACAAAUAUUAUGUUAGGAAAAUAUAAUUCAUUAAUUUCUUGCUUCUUAAAAGAUAAAAAAGUUGAUGUCUUCCCAUGUAUUUGUCAUUCUAUGCACUUAAUUGCAUGUCGUGCAUGUGAAUGCUUACCAACACAUGUUGAAGAAUUUGUAUAUUCAAUAUAUUCAUAUUUUUCUAAAAACCCAAAACGACAGAAUAUUUUAGAAAGUACUCAAAAUUUGAUAAAAAUUGCACGACAAAAAGUAAUUCAGCCAUCUGCAAACCGAUGGUUAGCACUAUUAGAAUGUAUAAAAAACAUUUUAACUCAAUGGACAGUGUUAUUUUCGAUAUUUGCAGAAGCAAAUAUUGAAAAAAAAUCUGUUAUUGCAAAAAAAAUAUUUCAUAAUUUUAAAUGUCCAUAUACAAAAGCGUACUUACAAUUUUUAAAUUACAUUUUACGUUUAAUUAUUGAUUUUAAUAUGCUUUUUCAAAGUUCGGAAAUUCUAAUUCAUUGUUUAUUACCGGAAUGUUCUAGAUUUUUGAGAUGUUUAGGUAGCCAUUUUAUUAAACCUAAUUAUGUAGAAGCCCCAAAUUUACAUGAAAUUAAUAUUUAUGAUGAAAAUAACAUACGUCCUUUAGAAGAAAUUAUCAUUGGCGAGGAAGCUUUAAUAACGUUAAAAGAAGCUAAAAAUAUUGACAUAAAAGAUAAUAAUAGAAAAAUCUUAGAAUUUUAUAUAAAUAUUAAAAAAUUUUUUCAAUGUGCUUUCGAAAAUACUGUAAAAAAAAUAUCUUUUGGUGAUGAAAUUUUAAAUUCUUUAGAAUUUUUAAACCCAAAUAUUGCUUUAAAUAUGAAAAAUCACAAAAAUCAAUUAAAUUUAAUAUUAGACAAAUUUAAAUCUAAAUUCAAUAUAUAUGAUGUAAAAGAUGAAUGGCAUUUACUACCUUUUUAUUUUUCACAAGGAGAAAAAGAAAAACUAUUACAAUUAAAUAUAUCCGAAUUUUGGGAUGAAGUGGGAAAAAUAUAUAAAUUUCAAAAUAUCGCAAAAGUAGCAAAUUUAUGUUUAUCACUGCCUCAUUCAAAUAUAGAUAUGGAAAGAUGUUUCUCUAUCAUAGCAGAAAUUAAAACAAGAGAUAGAAAUAGAUUAAAACCUGAAAUGAUUAGUGCAUUAACUAGAAUUAAAUUAGACUUGGAAAAUAAAAAUACAAAUUGCAUGAAUUAUGAAAUUACUGACGAAAUGUUACAAUUAUUUAAUUCUAAUAUGUAUAAAAGAGAAUAUGAUUCAAAAGAAUCACUUGAAAUCCAAUUAUUAGAUAAAACAGAUGAUAGUGCUAAUUAA